GACCGGUUUGGGUUCGGGCGGAUCCCCGAUUCACUAGGAUUUUGGGCCAACCCAAUUGACAACUUGGCAUAUGAGAGAGAUGACUCCACUCGAGUCCAAAGUCCAAAAUCUCUCAUAAAAUCUUGUGGUCUUGCGGAGCCCGAAUUAGAUUCGAAUAGCCAUUCCAUUCCACCAAAACAUGAAUCACCAAACCCUCAUAAACAGUCACGCCGGAUUUGGAGAUGCAGUCCGCCUCUGCAAUCCUUUGGCCCGACUGCCAUUGCCCCAUCCCAUCCUUUCUCAUUGAUUUCGGUCUCAGCCCCAAAUUCACACCCUCGUCCCUUCCCCUUCCCCUUCCCCGGCGCCGCGAACCCUACAGAAAGCUCUGCUCCCUCACCGCUCCCGCAACCAACAAUUGCAGCAAAGAACAGUUGGGGGUAUCCCAGAGCAACAGAAGCGGCACCAGAUCGUCUCCACAUCGACCUCACUCCUACUCGGUGUUGGACGAAUUCCACUCUUCGGCUGGACUUACCGUCUUCGUUAGCCACAACCCGGUAGACGGAACUGAAUCACCUGCCGAAAGGAGAGCAACUGUUGACGAGUUUGAGGUCGGGGUGCACACAGCGCUUUGCACAAACAUGUGGUGGCCUGACUUGAGAGCGGCAUUCGGGCAGCGAAUUAGCUUUGAAGGGAUUGUUUCCGCGGCGAGGGUCCUCCUCAGGGAUCGACAUUUAGCCCUGCCUCAUAUGGCGGUGCCUGAUAUUAGGUACAUCGAUUGGGUUGAACUUCGUAAGCGUGGUUUCAAAGGUGUGGUUUUUGACAAGGAUAACACCAUUACCGUACCUUACUCGUUGGCGCUAUGGGCACCUCUUGGCCCAUCCAUGGAGGAGUGUAAAUCCGUUUUUGGGAACGAUAUUGCUGUUUUUAGCAACUCUGCUGGGCUGCGGGAAUAUGAUUACAAUGGUUCAAAAGCCAGGGCACUGGAAAGGGCUAUUGGAAUCAAAGUCGUUAGACAUAGAGUAAAGAAACCAGCUGGAACUGCUGAAGAAAUCGAAAACCAUUUUGGCUGUACAUCCUCACAACUUAUCAUGGUAGGAGAUAGAACAUUCACAGAUAUUGUUUAUGGGAAUCGAAACGACUUUCUUACAAUAUUAACGAAGCCACUAAGUACGGCAGAGGAGCCUUUCAUUGUCAGGCAGGUGAGGAAAUUGGAAAUAGCCAUUCUAAAUUACUGGCUUAGAAGAGGGAUCAAGCCAACCGCUCAUCAUUUGCUACCUGAUCCAACUGAAUGUGUGAAAGACAAUCCAUUGAUUUCCUAAGCAAACAGAUAUGUAGAACAGUUUUACAUCGACCCGUGUCUUAGCAAGUUUGAUAGUUGAUUUCAAUUUUAUAUUUCAUUUAUUCCGAUGUUAUCUUUUCAUCAUCAGCAAACGAAUGGAAAAGGAAACCUAGAUAAGAGAUGAUGAAAUCAUUUAUGCAGAACUAGAAUAAUUAGGCAACAAACAAGGAAAGGAAUGCAUAUAUUUAGUUUAAUCCAACCAGUGAAGUAGUGUUCUCAUGGACAGGGAAUUCUUGUUAAAAUUACCAACACAUGUAAGCUAACAGUUUCUCUCCUUCAGUUCACAACAAAGCAAAUUAUUGCGA